UUCAAUGGUUGACACAUAUCACAUGUUAACUGUCAAAUAUGAAAAUAAAAUAUGCCAAAGACAAAUCGAUAAACAUUAACACAACAAAAAGUUAAAAGUUGAUGUUUCUUUUUAUCUUUUCUAGUAAUUAAAAAUUCAAAGACAGCAAAAUAAUUCACUAUUAUGUCUACCAAUGCAGAGUCUUCGGAGUCUCAAUCUCAAAAGACUAAAAAACCAGCAGACAGUGCAUUCAAACAGCAAAAGCUUCCUGCUUGGCAACCCAUACUUACUGCAGGAACAGUCCUACCAACUUUUUUCGUUAUAGGUAUUGCCUUCAUUCCAGUAGGAAUAGGACUGCUAUACUUUUCUGAUAAAGUCAAGGAGCAUGUUAUCGACUACACCUUCUGUAAUGAAACAGAUGGGGCAGGCCACUUAACUGGAAAAAUUUGUGCUGAUGUUGUGAAACAGAAUUCAAGCAAUAUAUGCAGAUGUAAUAUAGUCUUUGAUUUGAAAAGUAACUUUGAAGGGAAGGUUUAUAUGUACUAUGGACUAAGUAAUUACUAUCAGAAUCAUAGGAGAUAUGUAAAAUCUAGGGAUGAUAAUCAGUUGUUAGGAAGAUUAGAAAAUCCGGUAUCAACUGAUUGUAUGCCAUUUCAUAAAGAUAAUGGAAUACCUAUUGCUCCGUGUGGGGCUAUUGCUAAUUCUAUGUUCAGUGAUAAAUUCACUUUGUACCGACAUACGAAUGAUAAGAACAACAAAGUAGAAAUUGAAUUGUUGAGGACGGGAAUUGCUUGGGAUUCUGAUAAGAACAUCAAAUUCAGGAAUCCUCCAGGAGAUUUAAAGGAAGCUUUCAAAGGAUUCACCAAGCCUAAAGCUUGGAAACAGAAUAUUUAUGAGCUGGAUUUAAAAAAUGCAGACAAUAACGGAUUUCAAAACGAAGACUUCAUUGUGUGGAUGAGAACUGCAGCUCUGCCCACUUUUCGGAAACUUUACAGAAGAGUUAAUCACAGCCAACCGGGACUUGCUAAUGGUUUAAUCAAGGGAACCUAUGAGUUGGAGGUAGAAUAUUCAUACGAUGUCUCGGAAUUCGAUGGUACGAAACGGAUGAUACUGAGUACAACUUCACUACUUGGAGGAAAAAAUCCAUUUUUAGGGAUUGCGUACAUAGCGAUAGGAUGUAUAUGUCUACUUUUGGGCAUAAUAUUGCUGUUCGUACAUAUAAAAUGCGGAAAAAGCACUAGCGAGAUGAUAAACGUAAACCCAAGGACACCCUACUGAUAUUUCGGAAGGAUAAAAAAUUUCAGUUGUUGAUCUUCGUGUUAUGCUAAGCUUAAAAAUAUUUAUCGGUCGUUGUUUGUUAGUUCUGGAUAGAAUUAGAACUACACCUAUUUAUUGAAAUUAUAAAAUUAGUAAUGAUUGUGAAUUUGUUUCUUCAUUGACGUUGAUUUCAGCUUGAGAAACUAAUGCAAUUCAUUUUCUUAAAGGGAACUAGUGUGAACCAAAGAACAUCUCUAGAAAUACUUUCAAUAAUCCAUCUAAGUUAAAUAUUUGUUAUAUUUUAUGAUGAUGUGAAAAUUGCUGUAUACAUUUUAUAUCCAUAUCGUGUAAUUCAACAGUAUUUUUAUAAUAGAUGUAUUCAUCACAUCAGGUAACUCUGUAAAGGAAUGUUUGCAAUGGAAUCCUUUGACGACCUUCUUCAAAGUGGCAAAGUUGCUGUUUUAUUUGUGAUAUUUUUAUUAACUUUAGAAAUAUAUUUCAAUUGUACAAGACCUCCUUCAUCCCAACAGGGUCAUUUCAUAAUCAAUUUUAAUGAAUUUAUAUUUUUUUUUACAAGUGCCUUCAAAUUUGUAUUUUAUAAGCUGGUAUUUUAGGAUCAAACUUUCGGUAUAUUCAUUGUUCUUCACUAUUAUUGGGUAGCAAACCAUAAAUAAAGUGUUGCUUUUUU